ACUCAAUCGUGUUUGCAAUCUCGUUGUGAAUAGAUCGAACUGUUGGAAAAGUAAAAACAAAAACAGAGUUCAAAAAUGCCGCUGCGCAAGAAAGAGGACUACAUACCCAUUAAGUGCGAGGGCUGGAACGGCAAGUUCGUGUAUCCGGAUGGAGCUGUCAAUAAUGUGUCCAAGAUACGUCGCCAGAACCAGAACGUAACCAAUACCAACAACUUCUACGGAUUCAACACGGAACCCAUUGUCCUGCCCACCGAAUGGGAUGGCACCUUCGUGAAGAGUGGCGAGACCCGCAUCAAACAGGAGCGCAAUCGAUCCGAUGACCAGGACUACUUUGAUUACAACACCGAGCCCACGGUACUGCCCACCACUUGGAGUGGCGAGUUCGUCAACGAUCCCAACGAUGUGCGCAUUAAGCCGGAACGCAACUUCUCGGAUGCCAGGGAUUAUGCAGAGGCAUCCCGAUUCAAACUGGUCCAGCACUGAGUGAGAUCCCGAUCCGCCCGUUUCAAUCAAACUAAUCCUGCAAAUGUUGCGUUUGUUUCGGUUUCGCAUUGUAAUUGUCGCCUAACCUAAGCGUUUGUUGUAUUUUAUUUUUUAUGAUAUUUAUUCGUAUACUUAAUAAACCAAAAAAAAAAAACAC